AUGUCGCUGCCACUCAAGCCGGAAGACAGUCCUGAAAAUGCGGGAAGUGAGGGAAAUAAAGUCCCAAAGCAGCCGACGCACAUCGUAUUCUGUGCCGAACCGUACAUCAUGACAAAAGCAUUGCGUCUCAAACCCCAUAGUCUAUCAUUCGUUGUGGGGAAUGGUCCGCGCUUUCUAGAAUUGUACGUUAUUGCAAUGAUCCGAUCAUUCAUUACAUAUCAAUCCUUUGGUCAUCUUCAGUUACUUGAAUAG